UCGCAGAGAAUUUCGUCCGAUCAUAGAAGUGUGUACGGACACACACACACAUCGACAUUUACUUAUAUAUAUACGUAAAUGUCGAACGAUGAAAAUGAUUGCUCAACACCACAUUGAUUAGACUGUUGGAAAAGAAAAGAAUCCUAACAUCGAGCUACAACAAGUGCCCUCCUACUGAGUUACAUCUGCAAAGGUUUACUUAUAUACACGAAAGAAAGACCAUCUUUACAUGUAUUUAAUAAGAUGGCGUCGUCCAGUUUCUCUCAACGCUACGAAAACCUUCUCUUGUAUAUUGUCUUCGCCGGUGCUGCUGCUAUUUUCGGAUUUUGUUGUUGGGUCUUAAAUGUUGGAUACGGAAUCAUCUUUCAAGAUUCAGGUUAUGAAGCCGUGACUCCCUGGCGAUGGAUAGCUUCCACAGUUUCACCAGUGCUUUUAGCCAGUGUAGCCUUCCACCGGAAAUCACUGAAUACUUCUGGAGCUUUUAGUGCCCUGUUUGUUGGGUUCCUGAUGAUUUCUGCCAACAUUUGCUUUGCCACGUCUUUGAUUGUCUUCUUCUUCACGGCGUCGUCUGCCACAAAAUUCCGCAGCAGUAAAAAAAGGUCCUUUGAGGAAAACUUCAAAGAGGGCGGCCAGCGCAACUGGGUGCAGGUUGUAUGCAAUGGUGGAGUGGCCAGCGAAAUCAGCCUGAUGUAUCUCAUUGAUAUUGGCAUGAAAGAAUUUCCAGUGGAUUUUGUUAAUCACUACCAGGCAUCAUGGAUGUCAACAGCUGUGUUAGGAGCACUGGCAUGUUCCUGUGGAGACACAUUUGCCUCGGAAUUUGGCACUGUCAUCGGUUCUGGACAGCCACGACUCAUUACAACAUUAAGAAAAGUUCCCAGAGGGACCAAUGGUGCCGUUUCCUUUGUCGGUUUACUCUGCAGUGCUCUUGGUGGUUUGGUUAUCGGUGUUACUUACUAUUUAACACUGUUGCUAACCAUCAACCAACGGAAGCUCCACGAGAGUCCAGUCCAGUGGCCAGUCAUCAUAGUCGGCUUAGUCUGUGGGUUCGGUGGGUCUUUCAUUGAUUCUCUCCUUGGAGCAACUGUACAAUACUCCGGUUACGACCAAGAACGGAAUAUAAUUGUCGAACAUUCUGCUCCUAAUGUCCAACAUAUCAAUGGCAGACAACUGCUCAACAACCAUGCCAUCAACUUACUUUCUUCUUUACUCACUGCUGCUUUCUCUUCUAUCUUUUCUUACCAUCUUUGGUCUUACCUAACAUAAGAUAACACCCCAGAUGUCUGCUUCCCCUUUUUGGGGUUCUCUUUCUCUCUCAUCCAAACAAUCAAAACUAAAAAGUCUUUCAUUUUCUUUCCUCACUGGAUGCAUUGGCAAUAAGAGUUUGGUCACCAUUCCACCCGAUUCCAGAGAGGAAAGCCGAAGGUGUUCUGUCCAUCACCAUUCCAAUUUUAGUUUUCUUUUUUUUGCUGACAUUGUCUAUCUAAUGUGUCGUAGCAGUCUCUUUUUAUGACAGUAGGAGGUGAUCUGAGGGAGAUUAGACUGCUAUUUCUAACUAGUCAGCUGACCAAGUAGCAGCUGCCUUAUUUGCUUGUGUCGGUGGUUUAAUGGUCCAUUGGUCUGGCAUGGCCAGAACACCUGGGAAAUAUUUGUGAAGAUGACUGCAAUCGUUCAGUUUAGGUUGUUUGACAUUUGUCAGUCUCUGUUUAUACUCUUCUCUUUGUCAAACAUUUUCAAUAAACUGCUUUUUGAUAGAAUGAUUCUAACAAGAAGGAAAAAGAAGGUGCCAAGUGUGAAAUAUAUUCAGGGUGUCCAUAAAAUUAUUUUUACAAUUUGAAAACUUCUGUAAAAUAAGAACAACUCAGAAAACAGGCAAAGAAAUAAAGCUUCCCGAGAAACAUCAGAAAAACUUCCCUGUGGUCUGAGUCGAUUGUAUGCAUCUAAAUGAUGCUCAAUUUCUGACCAUGGGCUUUAGAUAUGGCUUGGCAUAUGUUUUCUGUGAGAUCAGUGGGGGUCUUUAACUGUUGCAUGUUAGACUCUGUCUUUAAUGUAGUCCCAUAAGAAGUCUAGCAGGGUGGUUAUAUCUGAUGAUCUAGAUGGGCAGGGAGCUGGACUGCCCCUCUCAAUCCACUGGUUUGGGAAAGUUUUGGUAAGAAACUCUUGAACAUUCAACCCCUGAUGGGGAGGUGCACCAUUUUGUUGGAAAUAGCUGUUGGCUGCAAAUGGUGCAACUGUGGCACAAGAAAUUCUUGUAAAAGAUCAAUCUAAGUGUUAGAAAGAAUCAUUUUUUUUCUGCAAAGAAAAAUGGGCCAAUCAUUUGAUUAAAUCUGAGGCUGCACUAGUCAUGGAUUUCUAAGUUGUUUCUCUCCAUGCAGAGAACAUGCCACCUCAUCAAUGGUCACUCGUUGGUUCACCAGAACCAUCUCUCAAGCUUGUUGAAUCUUCAUGCCAAUGGUGGAUGUUGAUGGGUGCCCUGCUUCCUCUUUGAGCUUCACGCUUGUCUGGCUACUUUUAAACCUCUUGAUCCACUCAUACACAACUCUUUGUGGUAGAGCACUGUCCCUGUAUUGGACUGAAAGGCUGCGAUGAAUACCAGACUAGAGAAAUCAGGUCACUGAUCUGUGUUUUUUCUUUGGUGCCAACAAAGCAGUCAUCUGUGACACAAGAAAAAACUUGAGCAAUCACGAUCAAACCUCAGUUAUAUAACUACAAAAAUACCACCUUUUAACACAUAAGGCAAUGCAGCCAGCCUGAAAGAACUUGUGGAAGUUGUAAAGAUAAUUUAUGGACACUCUGUAUAACAUAUAUAGUGUGAAAUAUCUCAUUAUGAUUCAGUCAGUCUUUUAUUGCCAGCCGUUGUUACGAGUGCCUUUUGUAUUUUAUUGAGAUUGUUGAUUUCUUGAAAAAAUAAAUGGAACUUGAUAAUCCAGAAAAUUUAUAAAUAUGAAUUAUUGUCCUCGUGUAUCAAAUUCCCCUUUCAUGACCCUUGACCUUUCAAAGGAAUUUUUAAAAAAUCAUUCAGUGUUAAAACUCUAAAGAAUAUAAACUGAAUGAAGCCUUGAUAUAUCAUCAUCAUCAUCAUAACCAUCAUCACUUCCACUUCCACCACCAUCUAUACUUUGAGUCCCUAAACCUUUUGGUUUGUGUUGAAAAUGUCAGUUUGUUUGUGCAAAUUGUUCUGGUGCCAGUGAAACUUGCCAUUCUAGGUUUUACAUGUGGAAUGGUCCUGUUGUGACAUUUAUAAAGAAUUGAUUUGAGAAUUUCAAACUGCUCAUCAUGUCUUGCAGACCAUUCAGAGAUGAGCCCUGAUGCUUUACUAUUGUAAACUUUCAGCUUUUGUGAUAUUUUGCUGUCAUUACUGAGGAGGAUACUGGCAAAAUAUAUACACACCCACAUACAUAUACUCAUAUGUAAAUAAAUGUGUAUGGGGGGGGGGGUGAUAUAAAAUGAUGUGCAAUGUGAGAAAGUAAUUUUAUUUUUUCAAUCCCGUUUCUUCAUUGAUCUGUCUGUCUGUUUGUCAACCUAAACAAAUAGAUUAUUGUGUUGCCUCAUAAAAUGGUAUUUACAUUGCUACAGAUUUUAGCUUUUUUUAAGGAAGAAUAGCUUCAUUAACCUCACCUGAACUCUUUCCUAGUUUUGCCCCUUUCUUUCCCCUUAUCCUUUGGUAUCAAGAGCUGCCUGGCUUGUGUCCAUGUCCCCCCCCCCUCCUUUUUUUUCUUAGUUGGUCAAAGGAGGAGCAGUCCUCAUCUCCUGUGGAAUUGGUGUAACUGAUGUCAAACCCAAACAUCUGCCUGCAAAAACAUGAGUGGAGAAAAUACGGCCUUGCUAAAGGUCAGAGAGAGCAUUCAAGUGACCAGUCUGCGAGUCCAUUUUUGUGUUGAAACUUAGCAGAGAACUCUUUUUUUCAUCAUCAGAACAGUGCUAUCAACUUUGAUUUGAAGUUUCCUUCAUUGCUUCAAUGACUGCAACACUGCAUUUCUAACCUGACACCAAACGCUUCUCUUCUUAUAUAAACACAAAGUCGAAACUGGCAAUCGUCUGGUUAAGCUUUUUUAGAUUUGCUUGACUUGAUUGCACCAUCCAUCAUGAUCUCUUAUAACAUUCAGGAGGUCAAUAGGGCAACACCCUAUCUCCAUUCAGAGAUAAUUGAUGUAAGUUUUUGCUGGAUAGCUGACCCAUGUACAUACCUAAUGUCCAUAGGAGACUAUCGCUAAGAGAUUCUACCUUAAAAUCUCCAGCAAUCUCCUAUGCAUGUGCUUCUCUCUCUCCGCUCAGUGAUUGCAAUAAGGCAACCAAACAGUAUUUGCUUAGAUGUUUUUUCUGAGUAAUUUGAACAACGUACUAAUGUAAGCUCCAGGUGUUUACUGAGUGCCCAGUCAGGCGACAGGUGAUAAUGAGUUCAUUGUGCCACAGUCUAUCCAAAAAUACAAGACACGAAACGUAGUUAACCCUUUUCAUACCAACCCACCUGUCAUCAUCCCUGGUUCUUUGAUAAUAAACUUCAGGUUUUAAAAUGAUCAAAAUGAAAACCUUCCAUCAAAAUUCCACAAUCUAUUUUUGUCCCAGACACCAGCUUAAUAAUGGCAAUUAUUUUACUAAAUUCUUAAUUAUUUUCAAAAUUAAUUGAAACAAAAGUUCUGUAUUUCCACAAAAAUAUGGCAAUAAAAGAGUUAAAGGUGUUAUGAUGUAUGUUGAAAUAGAUUUGGUUCAGUGAUUAUAAAUAAGAUGUUUGAAGAAACAAUGCCAGUUUAGAGAUGAGAAUGUAAUCAAUAUUUUGUACCAGAUUAUAUUUCAAUCUUGUAAUGAUUAAAUAGUGGUCCAGGACUGAACUAUUUCUUCCAGAAGAUCAAGACUCUAAUGUAGAUUUAGCCAUAUUCGAAAAGUAGGUCUCCCAUGCUUUGGCAAAUCUCAGCUUGUUUAAUUGAUUCAGUGGAUCUUUGAAGAUGGAAUCUGCUCAUAUAAUACGCUGCUUUGUUUUGUAUUGUUUCCUUCUUUAAAAUAGGGGAUAUUUGAAAUUCAGUGUUGCUGAACAGGGCUACAUUUUUGUUCCUGCUUUAGAAUUAUGUUAGAAAGGUUUGCAUGUGUGAAAAGAAAACAAUAAGAAGACUGCUUGUGCAAAGAGAAAUAUAUAUAAAUAUAUGGAAAAUGAUGUGACUAGAGAUUAUGUAUCUGUUAUGUUAAAUGAAAUAAUAAACAAAAUGUGGUUUUGUUGACUUUAUUUGAAUAAAAUUUUAUAUUAUAAAA